AUGACACAAGACUACGACAACAAGAGGCCUGUGCUGGUCCUGCAGAAUGACUCCCUCUACUCCCAGAGACGUCCCUACACCAGUGAGGAUGAGGCCUGGAAAACCUUCCUGGAGAACCCCCUGACAGCAGCCACCAAAGCCAUGAUGAGCAUCAAUGGGGACGAGGACAGCGCCGCUGCCCUGGGCCUGCUCUAUGACUACUACAAGGUGCCCAGGGAGAGGAGAUCUUCCACAGCCAAGCCAGAGGCAGAGCAUCCUGAGCAGGACCACAGCAAAAGGAGCAGCCUCCCCGGCGCCGCGGAGCCGCUGGUGUCUGCGGGGGACAGCCGAGUGCCGGUGCUGAAGAAUGUUCCCUUCAACAUCGUGCUGCCCCCCGCCGCCCCCCGCGGCCCCCUCACGGCCCCCGACACCACCGUCACCGUCUCCAUCGCUGCCAUGCCCAACCCCCACCCCAUCAAGACGGAGUCGCAGCCGCAGGGCUUCGCCGUGGGGCUGCCCCCCGCCGCCUACCACCCCGAGCCCCCCGAGCGCCUGGUGGUCUUCGACAGGAGCCUCAACCCCGAGCAGUUCAGCUCCAGCAGCCAGCCCCAGAGCUCCCAGCGCCGCACCCCAGACUCCACCUUCUCGGAGACCUUCAAGGAGGGGGUGCAAGAGGUGUUCUUCCCCCCAGAGCUGAACCUGCGCAUGGCCAACAUGAGCUCAGAGGAUUAUGUGUUUGACAGCAUCUCUGGGAACAACUUUGAGUACACCCUGGAAGCCUCCAAGUCGCUGAGGCAGAAGCCUGGGGACAGCACCAUGACCUACCUGAACAAAGGGCAGUUCUACCCCAUCACCCUGAAGGAGGCCAGCAGCACCGAGGGCAUCCACCACCCUAUCAGCAAAGUACGGAGUGUGAUCAUGGUGGUGUUUGCUGAGGACAAGAGCCGGGAGGAGCAGCUGCGGCACUGGAAGUACUGGCACUCCAGGCAGCACACCGCCAAGCAGCGCUGCAUCGACAUUGCUGACUACAAGGAGAGCUUCAACACCAUCAGCAACAUAGAGGAGAUUGCCUACAAUGCCAUCUCCUUCAGCUGGGACAUCAACGAGGAGGCCAAGGUCUUCAUAUCUGUCAACUGCCUCAGCACAGAUUUCUCCUCCCAGAAGGGGGUCAAGGGGCUGCCCCUCAACCUGCAGAUCGACACCUACAGCUACAACAACAGGAGCAACAAACCUGUGCACAGAGCCUACUGCCAGAUCAAGGUCUUUUGCGACAAGGGGGCAGAGAGGAAAAUCCGGGACGAGGAGCGGAAGCAGAGCAAAAGAAAAGGGAAGUGCAUCUCUGAUGUCAAGGUGCCCAUGCUGCCCUCCCACAAGCGCACAGACAUCACUAUCUUCAAGCCCUUCAUGGACCUGGACACCCAGCCAGUGCUCUUCAUCCCUGAUGUGCACUUUGCAAACCUCCAGCGCGGUGCCCACGUCCUUCCUGUAGCUUCAGAAGAGCUGGACGGUGAAAGCUCCAGCCUGAAGAGAGGAGGCUACAUGGGUGAGGAGGACUUCAUUGCUGCUCCCAACAAGCUGGCCAGGAUAGAAGAGCCAAAGAGAGUGUUGCUCUACGUCAGGAAGGAGUCAGAGGAGGUCUUUGAUGCCCUGAUGCUGAAGACUCCCUCCCUGAAGGGUCUGAUGGAAGCAAUCUCAGACAAGUAUGAGGUGCCCUUGGACAAGAUUGGCAAGAUCUUCAAAAAGUGCAAAAAAGGGAUCCUGGUGAACAUGGAUGAUAACAUCGUGAAGCACUACUCCAAUGAGGACACCUUCCAGCUGCAGAUGGAGGAGGCUGGAGGCUCUUACAAGCUCACCCUGACUGAGAUCUAA